AGCGAGCACUGAAAUGACCUUUGCUUUCGUCACCCUGUCAACUCCGCAUUGGAAUUCCCUUUCAACUUGAAUUUUUUCCCGGCCAGUAAUUCUUCCAUUAACAAUCUAAUUCCACAUGGCCGAUAUCAAUCCAACUAUACCUGACACCGGAGCCGUUGAGGAACCUAUUGAUCUUGUUCGACUUUCUUUGGACGAGAGAAUUUAUGUCAAAUUACGCGGUGAUCGAGAACUGCGUGGCAGAUUGCACGCAUUUGACGGCCAUUUGAAUUUGGUUCUUGGAGAAGUAGAAGAAACUAUCACAAUUGUUGAUGUCAACGAAGAUACCAACGAAGAAGUUAUACGGAUCGUCAAGCGAAAUUCCGAUAUGCUUUUCGUACGUGGUGACGGUGUCAUCUUGCUUUCUCCGCCAAGUAGAGCAUAGAUCAUAUCUGCUGAUAUUGUUAAACGGCCCACCGUAAUUGCAUUAAUACAUUCAUAUUCAAACUUGUAUGUUGUGCAGUUAUGAGUUUUUGCUUUUUUAAAAAAUGUCACACAUGAGCGCCAAUAAGUAUAGCAUUAAUUCGAACG